AUGAGUUCAAAAUAUGAUUUUCUGAAGGAUGUUAAUCCUGCCAAGGAGGACUGGAGGAUUAAGGUGAAGGUGGUUCGGACUUUGAAAGUUCCUAACUUUCAGCGUAAAAAUUUGGAGUACAAUCUUGAAAUGGGUGGUAGGAUCCACGCCACUGUCAAAGGUACCUUGCAGGUGCGGAAUAAAAUCAACGAAGGAGAGUGCUAUUUUAUAGAAAAUUUUGGUGUUGGAUUCAAUAGCGAUGUGUUUAGGCCAACCAAGCAUCAGUAUCGUUUGUCUUUCAAUUUGAGGACUGAUGUUAAAUCGAUUGUUGUUUCUGAUAUUUGUGCGAACGUCAUUGGUUUAAUCUCAGGAAUUGGGAAAGUUUGUGAUCGUGUGGUUUCUGGUAGGAAGACAAAAAUGGUGGUGUUGGAGCUUGACGACCUGAGUUCCCCAUAUGAUAACGGUACAAGUACGACUUCAGCUGAUUUGGAUCAACAAAAUUAUUGGGACGCAGGGGAUCCUACUUUUGUUUGCGAGCAUUGUGGAGCACAAAUGUGGUAUGCAGAAAGAACUAAGAGGGAUCGUAACCCAAGUAUGCCGCAAUUUGGAUUGUGCUGUGUCAAUGGAAAAGUUCAACUUCCUUUGUUAAAAACUGCUCCGGAUACAUUGCUUCAAUUGCAUGCUAAUUCCAAUAUGACGAGCCGCCAUUUUUUGCGAAAUAUUAGAGCGUACAAUAUGAUUUUUUCCUUCACCUCCUUUGGAGCAAAAGUGGAUGGAUCAGUAAAUCAAGGUUCUGGCCCUUACUGUUUUAGAGUUGGGGGGAGAGUUCAUCAUUUAAUUGGCAGUCUUCUGCCUGCUGAUAGUCAGUCUCCAAAAUUUGCUCAACUUUAUAUUUACGACACUGAGCAUGAAGUGGACAACAGACUUGGUUGUCUAAGUUCCACCAGUACUGAAGAUAUGCUUGAUCCUGAAAUUAUCCGAUUAUUGAAGGAGAUGUUCGAUAAGCACAACAGUAUAGCUCAGUCUUUCAGGUACGCUAGAGACCGUUAUAAGGAAGAUGACUUUAAUGGUGUAAAGUUGAGGCUUAUUCGAAGGCGUGGUAGUGAUGGAAGAGUUUAUAAUCUUCCGACAGCAUCCGAAGUGGCAGCUUUGAUUGUUGGAGAUAUAGACAGUGCUAUGGGCGAUAGGGAUAUCAUUAUUGAAACACAAGAUAGAGUAUUGCAGCGCAUCGAUGUGAAGCAUCCAUUAUAUCUUGGCUUGCAGUAUCCAUUGUUAUUUCCAUACGGUGAAGACGGUUAUCGUGAUGAUGUCCAGCGUACUGUAUCCAGUGGUAGGAAAAAUGCAAGAGCCAUGAUCAGCAUGAAGGAAUUUUUUUCGUUUAGACUUCAGAUGCGAUCUGGAGAAUCAGAAAUUCUACAUCGAUCAAGGAAACUUUUCCAACAAUUUCUGGUUGAUGCAUACACUAUGAUUGAGUUUGAACGGCUUAAUUUCAUUCGAUAUAACCAGAGUCAUCUGAGAGCUGAGUUGUACAAAAAUAUAAAACAUUCAUUAGAUAGCGGUGAAGAUGCAGCACUGAGCACUGGAAAACAAAUUACACGAUUUGUUAGGGCCAGACAGCUGAACCCUGAAGAUCGGCCUGAUAUUCUAUGCAGAGUCUUCAAGUUCAAAUUGGACCAGUUGCUACAUGAUUUAAAAAAGGAAAAUAUUCUUGGCAGAGUCAUUGCAUAUGUUUGUACAAUCGAAUUCCAAAAGCGCGGACUACCUCAUGCUCAUAUUCUUCUAUUCUUAAACCCUUCAAGCAAAGCUGAAAGUGCUCUUGAUAUUAAUAAAUUGAUUUCAGCGGAGAUACCUGACAAGGAAACGAAUCCUACGCUGUUUAUGGCUGUCACGAGUUACAUGAUACAUGGUCCAUGUGGUCCUGAAAAUUACAAAUCUCCUUGCAUGAAGGACGGACGGUGUUCAAAAAAAUUUCCAAAAAACUUCUGCUCCCGUACUUUGAUUGACGAUGAUGGAUUUCCUCAUUAUAAGAGAAGAAAUGAUGGGAGAGUUGUGAACAAAAAUGGUGUUGAACUUGAUAAUCGUUAUGUUGUGCCCUAUAAUGCACACCUUCUUUUAAAGUACCAGGCUCAUAUCAACGUUGAAUAUACUUGCCAGAGAAGUGCCAUUAAAUAUCUUUUUAAAUACAUCCACAAAGGGAAUGACAGAGUGACAGCUGCCAUAAAUCAUUCGGACGAUGAAAUAAAAAUGUUUUAUGACUGCAGGUAUGUCUCCGCAUGUGAAGCAGCUUGGAGAAUAUUUGGAUUUGACAUUCAUUCGAGAUAUCCCCCUGUUCAGAGAUUGCCAUUUCACUUGCCUAAUGAAAAGAACAUUAUUUUCAGUGAUAAUGAUUCGUUGUAUGAUGUAAAGACAAGGGCGGAGUCUAGACUGUCAAUUUUUGAGUCUUGGAUGGAUGCAAAUAAAAAAUAUCCAGAAGGUAGGCAUCUAACUUAUGGAGAGUACCCGACUGAAUUUGUUUUCAAAGAAAAAACGCAUGAAUGGAAUCCGAGAAAAAAAGGAUUUUCCAUUGGAAGGAUAAAUCGUUUUUCUGCCAAUAAUGGAGAAGAUUCAUAUCUUCGCACCUUGCUUAAUUUUCAAAGAGGUUGCACCAGUUAUGAAGAUCUUAGAACGAUCAAUGGCGUGGUUUUUCCUACAUUUAAGGAUGUGUGCUAUUCUUUAGGACUUCUGGAUGAUGACAAUGAGUACAUUGAUGCAAUUAAGGAGGCAAGUUCCUGGGGAUCUGCUGCUUAUCUUAGAUGUCUGUUUGCUCUGUUGUUAUUUGCCAACGCAAUGAACAGACCUGAAAAAGUUUGGGAAGAGUGUUGGAAAUUUUUAUCCGACGACGUUGUUUAUCGGCAUAGGAAAAGAAUAGGACGUCAAGAUGCAAUUCUUACAGAAGAGUCUAUAAAAAACAUAACUCUUGAAGAAAUUGAUAAGGUACUGCAGAGCAAUGGGAAAUGCCUCUCUGAUUAUCCGUCAAUGCCACGCAUCAAUAGUGAAACUUUGCUUGAUAUGCAAAAUCGAUUAGUGUUGGAUGAAUUAAUGUAUGACAGAUUUGCUUUGGAAGAGGAGCAUAAAAGACUAAUUAAUUCCCUCACUGAUGAGCAAAAAGCUGUUUAUGAUAAAAUUGUUUCAGCAGUUACGGCAGGUAAUGGAGGGUUAUUUUUCCCAUACGAGUUCGAUGGUACAGGAAAAACAUUUAUUUGGAAUACUCUUUCAGCAUCUAUUAGAUCAAAAGCUGGAAUCGUACUUAAUGUUGCUUCUAGCGGAAUUGCUUCCCUUCUGCUUCCUGGAGGACGAACAACGCAUUCUAGAUUUCGUAUUCCUAUUCAAAUCAAUGAAGAUUCAACGUGUAAUAUAAGGCCGAAAUCUACUAUAGCUGAGUUGCUGUCAAAAACAAAGCUAAUCAUUUGGGAUGAAGCUCCAAUGGUACAUAGAUUUUGCUUUUAG